CAACAACCCUCCAAGCCCCCUCAACAGCAGGCUAUCCCAUUGGAUGCCUCAACCCCAUCCUCUGGCCUUGAACUAUGAUUGUGCUUCUCCUGCUGAGUAUGCUGGUGGCCCCUCACGGCGGGGGCCACCCUCUGGACACCCCACACCUUCCACGGGAGCUGCCUCCAGGGCUCUCAAAAACUAUCAAUCUCACUUCCUUCCAUGGGGUGUUUAAAAAUGUGGAAAGCGUGGCCGACAUUUUUGACUGCCUGGGCUCCCACUUCACCUGGCUGCAGGCCGUCUUCACCAGCUUCCCUGCGCUCCUCCACUUUGUGAAUGGGCUGAGGUGUGUGGCUGGUCUGUGCCCCCGGGACUUGGAGGACUACGGCUGUGCCUGCAGGUUUGAGAUGGAAGGGUUGCCUGUGGACCAGUCUGACAGCUGCUGCUUCCAGCAUCGCAGGUGCUACGAGGAAGCCGCAGAAAUGGACUGCCUCCAGGACCCUGCCAAGCUCCGCACGGAUGUCGACUGCGUCAGCAAGAGGAUCACGUGUGAGUCCGGGGACCCUUGCGAGCACCUGCUGUGUACCUGUGACAAGGUUGCCAUAGAGUGCUUGGCUCGGUCCAGCAUCAACUCUUCCCUGAACCUUCUGGAUGCUUCCUUCUGUCUGGCUCAGACUCCAGAGACGCCCAGCACGAGGCAGCUGACGACGCUUCUGCCCAGAGUGGCUCCCACGGACCCUGCAAAUGCCAGUGCAAUGGCCCUUUCGGAAGAAGUGGCUCCUGAGACCAGAGCUGACCCGAUGACCACGCCCUCCAGGACAAACACGGGCCAAGGCCAUCAAGGUAUGGAAGCUGCUCGGACCACGCCCCCUCCGGGAUCUGCAGAGAUGGGCGCCUCGGUACAAGGUGUAACCAUUGUCCCCGCUGGCUUGAAGUCUCUGGGCUUCACUGCGUCGUCCGUCAAAAGUGGCCCAGGGGAGAUAAGUGGCAAAGCCUGUGACAGGUUCACCUUCCUGCACCUGGGACCCAGGGACAUCAUGUGGGUGACACCUCAGCUUGGAGAGAUGCUCUUUUGUCUGACGUCCCGAUGCCCGGAAGAAUUUGAAUCUUAUGGCUGCUACUGUGGACAGGGAGGACAAGGCGAGCCAAGGGAUGCCCUGGACAGGUGCUGUUUCUCCCACCACUGCUGCCUGGAGCAGGUGAGAAGGCUGGGCUGCCUGUUCGAGAGGCUUCCUGCAUCACCGGUGGAGUGCGUGGACGGUACAGCCAAAUGUGUGGGGCAGAGCCCGUGCGCUAAGCUGCUUUGUGCCUGCGACCAGACGGCGGCCGAGUGCAUGGCCUCUGCCUUCUUUAACCAAAGCCUCAAGUCCUCGGGCGCAGGAGAGUGCCCGGGCCACGGGCCACCCUGUGAGGACAGCUCGCCCGGAGGGCCCGCGGCUUCCUCCCCCGGCUCCAGCUCCGAGGAGAACAGCGAGGAGGCCACGCCGCACGCGGAGGGCCUGAGGAGAACCAGAAGGUUUCUGGGGAAGCCACUGGGUGGUGUGGGGACCAGGCCACCACAUGGCCGCAGACAGAGCCCCAGAGGAAGCGGGAAGCACGCCCUCUAGUUCCCUCCCUUACUGUACGCUCCUCUCUGUCCUCAGCACAGGCCCAAGGGGCAGAGGGCCGGGUUGGCCCUGGCCCUGUGGCGCCAGCCCGCGUGGGCAUGUGCAUUAGAGCGGGUGGGUGAGGGGCGGCUCUGUACUCCCUUCAGCGCUCCCUGGAAGCCCAAUAAAUACUCCAGUCAGUGUUGGCA